AUGAAGGGGGAUCAGCUGUCUCUAUUCUCUAGCCAGCUGCCAGCCCGGGUUGAAGCCUGUAAACUCCGCCACAAACCCGAACCUGGGCUGAGCACUUGAUGGUCGUAUAAUGCUGAAGAGAAAGAGAGGAGAGGAGAGAGAAAGAGACCAACUUGAAGAAGAAACCCUUAUCACUACUACCAACAAUAUGAACAUGGACAUAGUGUGGCAAACCCCAGCAAAUUCUCCUCAUCGCGAUGAUUACAUUUGCCUCAACGGGAAGCGCCAUGUCAAGCCUUAUUACUUCGAGUUCAUCUGUCAUGUAAAAAAUCGUUGGUCUGGGAAAACUAUAGUUGAUUUGUUCACUGACGAGUUUAAAGGGCGAAAUCAUGAUUAUUAUUUUCUUCAGGUUAGAGCUGUCAAAUGCGGAAGAAUACAGGUUGAUGGAAAAAAUGUCUCUAUUUACCGUAGAGUAAAAACUUCAGAGAAAAUCAGCCACUUCGUGCACAGGCAUGAACCACCGGUGAUGGCCUGGGAUGUCUCAGUUCUGAAGGAAGAAGAGGAAGUGCUGACCGUAUACAAACCGGCAUCUGUUCCUGUUCAUGCUUGUGGUCAAUACUGGAAGAAUACAGUUGUGGGAAUUCUUGAAGCAGAACAUGGCUUGGCCCCACUUUUUCCAAUACAUAGGUUGGAUCGCCUUGUCUCCGGACUACUGAUAUUUGCCAGGACUUCUUCUCAGGCAGAUACCUUCAGACAACAGAUUGAAGGAGGACUUGUGCAGAAAAUGUAUAUUGCAAAGGUCCUAGGGGUAUUUCCAGAGGGUGAGCAAGUUGUUGAUGUGAAUAUUAAUCAUGAUCCCCGAGAGAAAAGAAGUCAUGCUGAGGGUGGAAAUGGUUCCGCCAAUAUAAAUCUGAAGGGAAAGGCUGCGUGUACAAAGUUUAAAAGAAUAAGUACAGAUGGAGAUCACAGCAUUGUUCUGUGUGAACCCCUCACUGGCCGAACUCAUCAGAUACGAGUUCAUCUUCAGUAUGCUGGUCAUCCAAUUGCCAAUGACAUACUCUAUCUUGGCGAGUCAGCUGGUCAGCGUUCUACUGAGGCAGAAAGUGCUGAUAGAGCUGCUGCCAGAUUGAGGGAUCCUCUUUCAUCCAGAAAUUCUCAAAGCAUUGAGGAUCCUGAAGAGGACACCUUCACAGAUUUUAGCAAAGAUCCUAUGUGUACGCAUUGUCCAAAUUUGGCCCCUAAUGGGUAUGAUCGGCAUGAGGAGGGUUUAUGGCUACACUGUGUAAGAUACACAGGACCUGAUUGGACGUAUGAGUGCCCGUAUCCAGAUUGGGCAAAAAUUGAUUGAUUUACCGUCUACCUUCUGAUUGAGAGAAUUACGAGUUUGUUUGAGCUUAAAGUUGGUAAGUUCUUGCCAGAACAUGUCAAGUUCAGAGGGCAUAUUGUUGUACUACUAAUAGAAACAGAUUGAUUUUUUAUUUUUAAACAUCACUCAGCUCACAUAUGUUUUUCCAGUUUCUGCAAAUUGCUGUAUGUUUUUGGUAGUUUUCCUCAUUUCGCCAAAAUAGAUUUUGUGUUGCUACAGCCUACAGGUGAGCAUUAUACUUUGUGAUAGAUACAUGAUAAAUUCACUUUUCACUGCAUGUUUGCAGUGCAUUUUGUA